UUGCGUUGCUAAGUAUGUACUGUAUCUAGCGUAGCUAUUGCUCAGGUUUACUGCUAUAGUCUGCAUGUAGUACACAAUUAAUCUGCUUUAUUUAAAUGGAUUUCUAAAUGCUAUUGGCUUCCACAAGUGAGUGACAUGAUUACAUGAUAUAAGAUGCAGGUAAUUCGGCAUUCUCCAGACACACUGCGCGAUGCUCUAAUAACAACAGAGAGGCCCCUGAAGGAGUUAUACGAGAAAUACAGCCCAGCAGAGAAACAGCUGCUUAGUGAAGCUUUUCGGCCCAGCAGCUCACUCUUCAGUCCCAUUAUCAUUGAAUCUUCAGAUGAUUGGAUCCCAUCCCAUCCUGAGUCCGCAGAGACCUUCCAAAAGUUUUAUCACAAGCCUCAGAGAUGUGUUCCCACUGCAAAACGUAAAACCAUUUAUGUGCAGACAAUAGGUCCCUUUGGAGACUCAUCUGCUCACACACAGGAAUAUAUAGGCUGGCUGAAAGGCUAUUGCCAGGCUUUUUUCCAUGGUUUACCUGUUAAAGUACAAGGUCCUAUCCCCAUAUCAGAAACUGGCUGCGCAUUUCGAAUCAACGAUUCUACUCAAAAUCUACAAAUCCACGCAGGAGAUCUUUUAAGAUACCUGAAGAAAGGAAAACCAGCAGAUGCAUUCUGUGUUGUUGGUGCAACCAUGAUUGACCUAUAUCCCAGGGACUCCUGGAACUUUGUGUUUGGAUUAGCUUCUGCAACAGAAGGUACUGGGAUCUUUAGCUUUGCCCGCUAUGACGAUGAUUUUUACAGUAACAGUUACAAAGGAAGAGUAAAAAAGACCAAGGAACUUAUUCAAGGAAACUAUUCAGUUUUCAAAGGAUAUUAUACUCCCCAAAUUACUAGCACACUGCUCCUGAGGUCUUGCAAGACUCUGACACAUGAAAUUGGACACAUGUUUGGGAUUAGUCACUGUCAAUGGCUGCACUGUGUGAUGCAGGGAUCCAAUCACUUGGAGGAAUCAGACCGUAGACCACUGCAGCUCUGCCCAAUAUGUCUGCGCAAAUUACAAUGUGCCAUCGGAUUCAACAUCACCGACAGAUACAGGGCUUUGCUACAAUGGAUGAACAAAGACGAAAAUGAUUCAGAGCUUGGAGCGUGCAGCCAAGAGAUGCAGAAAAUACCUAAACCUAUAGAAGCAUUUAAGGACAGCAGAGAACGGCUAAAAAAAUGUAUAAAUAUUCUUAAUACUGCAGCUCAGCACUGACCUUUGACUGUUUCAGACAUCUCUUUAACAGAUCAGACUGUUAAACAAACUGAUUGCCAAACCCAGUGCGGCCUUUAUUAGGUUUGUGUGACAAAAAAAGUAAAAAAAUAAGAUGUUCUUGAUAUUCAUUAAUUCUUGCUCGUGUCCUUUGUCAGAUUAGGUUGUAACCAAGACACCAGCUUCACAAACAGAAUAAAAUGUUACAUAACAAUG